UUCCUCACGUGUGCCGGGUACAUGUUGUUUUAAAUAAAUUAAAAAGCAAAAUAUCGAUAUGAGUGCGAAAUAUGAGGUAAAAGUUUCUGAACAACUUGGAAGGUAUAUCGUAGCGGCAAAGGAUUUGAAAGCAGGCGAGAGUAUUCUAAGCGAUAAGCCGUUCGUAUUAGGACCAAGUAGUGAUACAUCGCUCAUUUGCUACAACUGUUACUUGCCGCUUAUGAGCAAAUUCGUCGUCUGUAAGCUGUGCGCUGUGGCUCCAAUUUGCCCUGGAGAUGGCUGUCCGCAAAACCUAGUUAAAUGGCACAGCGAAUUUGAAUGCGACUUCUUCAAGACUCUCAAAUUAAAGCGGGUCGUGAACCCUAUGACUAUGGUACAAAAUGUAGGCUCCCUGCUAGUGCUCAGAGCGGUCUUAAAGAAGGACAUUGAUAAAAUAGCUUGGCAAGAGUUUCUGCACCUCGAAACACAUUUGAAUGAAAGAAAAGGAACAAGCGUCUGGGAGUACUGUGAAAAUACUGACAAGUUUAUUCAAUCCCUGGGACUAUUAGAUAAUACUGAAGAUAAAUAUUUAGUUCAAAAGGUGUGUGCUGCGAUUGAUGUGAACAGUUUCGAAGUUAGAGGACCUCCGCUACCGGCGAUUGGUUGUUCAGAAAUACUUCGCGGGGUUUAUUUGAAGGCGGCGCUAAUGGCGCACGACUGUGUUGCCAACACGCAUGUUGCAAUAAAUGAUGGCAAUGUGUUAGUCUGCCAUGCAAGCACUGAUAUUAAGAAAGGAGAGACGAUAUACUAUAAUUAUACUGAUCCCUUAAAAGGUACACUCAUACGACAACAACAUUUAUUGAUUGGAAAAUACUUUAAAUGUACUUGUAAAAGAUGUCAAGAUGUCACUGAAAUGGACACAUACAUGAGUUCGGCACUUUGUUCCGCAUGUAAAACGGGAUAUAUGAGCGAGAUUAGUAACGAAAAAUGGGCAUGUCAUAGCUGCGGUUCCGAAUAUGAAUCGUCCGAAAUAAACCAUAAGGUUCAAUGUUGUUCGGAUAAACUGGCGGUUAUAAAUAAAAAAGAUGAAAAGGAAUUAGAAGAAUAUAUCAAAAAUAUUUCGCUCGUGCUGGCACCAAAUCAUUAUCUGCUAUUGGACGCUAAACAACGGCUAGCAGGUAUAUUAAGAGACGCCAUCAACAACCAGCCUAGACCAACCAAGAAAAUGAUGAGACGGAAAAUAGAAUUGUGCACAGAACUCUUGCCUGUUCUUGAAAAGAUAAGCCCAAAGAUAUGUAGGAUUAAAGCUAUUACCCUUUACGAAUUACACGCAACUAAGGCACAUCUUGCUAAGAAGCUGUUCGAUGGUCGAGAAAUAAAUGGAUCCCAAUAUUUGGAAGAGUUACAAGAUGCUGAGAAAUAUUUAAAGAAAUCCCUGGAAAUGCUUUUGAUCGAACCUGGAAAUUCACCUGAAGGAGAAUUAUGUUCAAAGGCGCUUGAGGAUUACAGAGCACUUAAGAAUUCUAUAUCGGGACUUAUGUUGGGAUUACACUCUGAGAGCAAAUCCCUUGUUAACGGAAGAAAUAAGGGUUCAGAUGCGACUAAUGGAAAUAUUUAA